AACUCGCUCCACUAACAGAUCAACGAACUGUUAACAGUUAACAGCGGCCCAGAUUAGAUUAUCGGAUUUCAUUCAGACGGUUGUACAUACAUAUAUUUAAACAUAUGUAUAUAUAACUAUGCACUUGUUUUAUUGUGCCGCAUUUGCUGGCUUUUUCCGUCGAUCAAAGGGGAUAUCUAAUCUGCGCCUGGGGAGAUUGACAAAAGUGCACUGCUGCAUCUUGAACUUUGACCUGGCCAAUUUAGAUAGAUUUCUCUUUUAUCGAUUUGAAAAAACAAGCAAUGUAUUAGUGAUCCAAUUGAAGUGGAUUAUAAACUUAUGCUGCUAUUAAGAGUGAAAUAUUUUAUAUUAUUAUAGCUUAUGGUGCAGAAAUAGGUAUUUAAAUCAGCCUAAGAGUAUGCAACAGCAUAUUUACUGCAUACUUUUGGCCACCUUUGCGUGUUCUCCGCUCUUUAGCCAAAUCUUAUUUGAUUACUAUCAUUGCUGUUGACCCAAAAUCCUGCCCACUGUCCGCCGGGCAAUUAAGAAAGCCAUUUCAGUCAUGAGCCAGCGGGUGUUGCCAAUUAUAUUGUGUGUAGCACAUUUUGGCAGUUGUCAACCGUUGGCCCAACCGAACGGUUCGCCCAGCCUCGUUUAAGCCACCUCCAUUGUAGCCACCGAAUCACCAAGCCACUAAAGCCACUGAAACCACUGAGCCACUGAAACCACUGGAGCCACUGAAACCACGUAGAUUGCAAAGUGUGCUGCCUACAAAGCACCGCAUUAGGCCGUAAAAAGCGUACUACCGCUGGCUGUGGUGUUGGUGUUGGUGAUAGUGGUAGUGACACUAGCGAUGCACCUGAACGUGGCCCUGUGGGCGUGCGGCGCCCUUUUGGCGGUGCUCCUCACCUGGCAGCAACGCAAGUGCUGGCGGCUCAUCUGGCAGCUGAACGGAUGGCGCGGCGUUGUCCAGCAGCCAGUUCUCUGGUUCCUCCUCUGCAUCAAUCUGCAUCCAAACAGCAUUCUGGAGAAGGUAUCCCAGUAUCGGGUGUACUUCCAGCGCCCGUUGGCCGUACUCGUGGGCACCCGAGUCCUGCUCUACAUCGAUGAUCCCGCCGGCAUGGAAUGCGUCCUCAAUGCGCCCGAGUGCCUGGACAAGACCUUUCUGCAGGAUGGCUUCUUCGUGCGUCGCGGUUUGCUGCAUGCCAGAGGGCAAAAAUGGAAGUUGCGUAGAAAGCAGCUGAAUCCCGCCUUCAGUCACAACAUUGUGGCCAGUUUCUUCGAUGUCUUCAACUCGGUGGGCAACCAGAUAAUCGAACAGUUCCUAUCGCAGCCCCAUCUUCACGGACAGGCAGUCAAGUUUACGGAUGCCGAGGAUUUGCUCAGUCGAGCCGUGCUGGAGGUAUCCUGUUUGACUAUUAUGGGCACUCCAACCAAUUUCACGCAAUUGGAUGACGCGCACAUUGCCCACAGUUACAAGCGACUUUUGGAGAUCUCAGCCGUGCGAGUGGUGAAGCCAUGGCUCCAGAUACGCCUUUUGCACCGCCUCCUGGCCCCGGAACUGUACGAGGAGUCCAGGAAGUGCGAGAAAUUGCUGGAGGAUUUCGUUGGCGGCAUCGUGAGGACGAAGCAUCGCAACUGGCGGCUAAGGGACGCCGUUGGUGGUGAAAAGUCUGGUGAGGAUUCGUCGUCUUGCGGCUGGCAGAGGCGCAUCUUCAUCGAGCAGAUCUUUCAACUGGCCGCCAAUGGCGAGAUGACGCUCGAGGAGAUCAUGGACGAAGCUCAGUCCAUGGUACUGGUGUCCUUCGAGACGGUGUCCAAUAGCAUAAUGCUGGCCCUCCUCUGCUUGGCCACCAACAAGGGCGUCUGCCAGCGUCGCUUGCUGGCGGAGAUUAGAGCCCUGGUGGCACCGGAUGGCACCGAUCAGGUGGCGGUCAGCUUGGAGCAGCUGCAGCAGCUGCGUUAUCUGGACGCCUUUGUCAGCGAAUCGCUGCGCCUCCUGGCCACCGUACCGAUGAAUCUGCGCCACGUCAGUCGCGACUUUCCACUGGCGGGCCGGCAGCGGGAGACGAUUGUGCCCCAAAACAGCAUCGUGGUGCUGGACACCUUCAACAUGCAACGCGACGAGCGCUGGUGGGGCGCCACCGCCAAGCAGUUCGAUCCGCAGCGGUUUCUCGACCAGCAGCAGGAGCCCAGUAAUCCUGGUUCGGGUUCGGGAUCGGGAUCAAGAUCGGGAUCGGGGGAACCGAGGAGGCAGCGCGAUCGGCGGCACUCCUACAGCUUCCUGCCCUUCUCCAAUGGACUGCGGUCGUGUAUCGGUCGCCGCUAUGGACUUUUCAUCAUGAAGGUGUUCCUGGUGAAGUUGGUCUCAAACUUUGAUUUUCAGAGCGAUUUCCAGCUGGAAAAGCUGCAGUUUGUCGAAAACAUAUCGCUAAAGUUUAAAAACGCCGACGACAUCUUGCUGUCCAUCCAGCCACAUAACCAGUCCAAGGAGUCCACUUAGGAGCAUUGGUUUCCUCUUUUCCAAAUAAUAUACGUAAUUAUACUUCUUUUUUUUUACUUCAUGUAUGUAGUUACAAUACUUCUUUCUUUUUUACUUCAUGUAUGUAGUUACAAUGUUAGUUACAAUGUCAUGUACAAGUUAAGAUUUAAUGUAUCUUACGCAGUCUCAAUAAAUACACUUAUUUUUUUACGCAA